AAUAUAAAAUUGGUUUAAGUGUGCAUUGCCCCUGUUGAGUGGAGAAAGUUAUUGUGUUACCAUCUAUGUGCGAAUCGGGAUUUUUCUAGCAAAUCAAUCUUUGAAAUAUGAUUGACAUACGUACAAUCAAAUGGACGAGUUAUUAGUGUACAGAAACCAAUUAUCAAUAUUUUGAUCAAGUGUGUUGUGUGCACUUAGGUUUUUCGUUUGCUCUGGUUGAACCGGAGAAACUGCUUGGCGUCAUACAUAUGCGAAACUCUUUUUUAAUGUGGUUCUGGGUCUACGGCUUACAAAUUUAUGUAGUAUAACUUUUUGCACAUAGCUAGUAACCUAGUAACAGAAGUGUUGGUGUAAACAAGCAAAAUAACUGAUAAGGAAGGUGUAUUUUCAGAAGAAACAAAGGAAAAAAAUAUUAUUAUUCAAUUUUCAACAUUGAAAAUAUACAGAAUGUUCUAUUGAAGAUGCUAGAUCCCAGAAACCCAUUCAUGUAAACUUUUAAAUAAACAAAAAGAAAGGUGUACUCAUGAAGAAUGAAUAAAACCUAUUUGAAUUUAUCUAAUCAUCCAAUAACUUCAACAGUUGAUAAUACUUCAUUGAAUACAAUGUCAACAACAAAAGUUCGUUUCAGUUCAAAUUUAUGUAAUGGUCAUUUAUCAUCAUCGUCAUCAUGUAAAACAAAUUCAAAUAAUCUAUGCGAUGCACCAUCUUCAUCAUCAUCAACUGGUGAUUAUUCAACAUCAUCUGAAUUCAGCAGUACAUCACAUAUUAUGAAAAAUUUUACUAUUGGUGAUCGAGUCUUUUUAAAUAGAACAAAACAACAUGGUACAAUUGCGUAUAUUGGACCAACACAUUUUUCCGCUGAAGAUCUUGUCGGUGUUGUAUUGGAUUCCAGCUCUGGGAAACAUGAUGGCAGCAUAAAUGGAGUACGAUAUUUUCAGUGUCCAGAAAAGCGUGGGUUAUUUUGUCCAAUCGCUGACUUGUUACCAGUGGACCAAAAAAACAUUUUUUCGAGAACUAGAUUUAGAACUAAUACUGAUUGUGAAGCCAACCGGAAGUUCAAGUUUCAUAUCUCUGACAAACGGGCAUCAUCUAAUUCCUUCUGCAAUCAAUUUGACAGAUACGACCGUAAACGUCACUCUUUUAGACUUCCUAAAACAACAACAGAUAAUGCAUACUUACAAGAAAGUGGAAAACUUCAAAGAUCUUGGUCUGAAAGAAGUAGAUCUACUGGAAAACUAUGGAAAGAUUCAGAGCUUAAUACCUACAAUCGAAUUGUUGAACCCUAUGAUGUACCAAAGGAAAUGAAAAAUCAUAAGUGUAAUACCCUACCAGAUCAUUCAAAUUACUCUUCAACUAAUACAUCAUUAUCCAAUUCACUUUUUAUUCGAACCGGUAGUCUUUCUAAAAUAAAACAAAAUCAUGAAUUAAAAAAAAGUAAUACUAUUUCUGAAAUGACUUCAAUAUCUGCAUCAAAAUUAUAUGAUCAACGUCAUAAUAAUAAUAAUAGUUUAACUAAUCUUAAAUUAAAAUUAUUAAAUUCAAAAUAUUCUCCCGCCAAUUUUUCAACAUAUACACCAAAUCAAUCAUUAUUCAAUGUACAAUUUAGAAAUUCAUUAAAAUUAAUUAAAUUAAAAAAUAAAUUAAAUAAAGUAUCCAAUAAAGAAUUAAUAAUUAAUUCGAAUGAUAAAGAUUUUCUAAAUAUAAAAAAUAAUUUAUCAUUUAAUUUACAAUUGAACCCAUUAUCUAAUAAUGAAAAUGAUUUAUUACUUAUGAAUAAUGUGAUUCAUUGUGCUCAAGAAAAAUUGAGUAAUUUACAAAAUCAAGUUUUACAAUAUCAUGAAAUGAAUGUGAAAUUAUCUAAACAACUAACGUUUGUUAAAAUACGUCAGCAAGAAAUGUUGUGUAAACUUGGUGAAAGACCGAAGAAUGAUAUGUGUGAAGCACAGCAAAUAGAUCAACAACAAAAGGAACGAAUUCGUGAAAUUAAACAUAAACUUUUUCUAGAAUAUGAAAGAUCACAGAAUUUGGCAGAGAACUUUUCUACAUUAAAAAUUACCAAUAUGGAUAUCAUUCCAAAGGUUGCAUAUAAUGGUCAGAAUUAUAAUAAGCAGACUAUUCUAAACAAUUGUGAUAAGGAGGAAAAUAGUAUUGUCAUGGCAACCGAUCAUCCUUUUGAAAAAAGUGAUUACAGUGACAAAAUCACUGACAAUAAUGGUGUUUAUUGUAAAAAUAUAACAUGCAAUAAUAAUGGUGAUAAUCUUAGAAGUCAGCUGGAUAAUACUGGUAAUUUGGAGGAAAUUAUGAAACUUAGAAAACAAUUACUUAUCAUUUAUGAAUCUUAUCAAUGUCAUUACCAAGGUAUAUUAACGAAAUUAAAAACUUAUCAACAAACACUAAAUGAUCAAAUGUGUGAAACACGCGAGUCUGAUCUCAAUGAAAACUCGCAUCCUUCUUCCCUACCGACCAAAUCAGUCACUCUAUCCAGCUCUCAUUACAACAUAAACAAUUUGCAUUUAUUUGAUCCAGAGUGUGAUGCACAAGAAUCAUUGGACUUUCAUAAAUCAAUUUGUACGGAACACCAAAUAUUAUUGAAAGAAACCAAAAAUAAAAAUUACAAACUUUCGAUGGAACUAAGCGUCCUUAAUGCAGAGAUAACACAUCUGGCUAGUCGACCAGAAAGGCAACUACUUAACUACCUAACGAAGUUAGAAUUAUCCAAAACUAACAAUGAUAACUUACAUUAUACAAUUCAAAAUUUAGAAGAACAAAUUGCUAGAAUUCAUAAGGAAUUAGAAGAUGCUAAUAAUAAACUCAAUAAGGAGGAUGGUAUACAUAUGGCGCUCAUGAGAAUGAAUCUUCGAAUUCAUCAAUUAAAGCAAAUGGAAAUUAAAGCCCAUAGUCUCCAAAAUGAUCAAUGUAUGAGUAUACAAACAAAAGAAAAGGAACUAACAGAGGCAAUUAAUAAAAUGAAUUUAUUGUCCGAAGUCUGGGCUAAUGAAACGCAAGUCAAAAUUGAGACAAUUCAAAAAUUACGCGAAAAUCUUAAAUUUCUGUCAGACAAAUCCCCAAAAAUCCAGAUAGCGAAUAAAACAAUUCGAAUACAGUACACUGACAGCAUAAACAAUAAUGGUGUACAGAUACCAGACAUACAAGAACCUCACCUACCAUACUCGUUAUUCAGUGCUUUAUGCAAAGAAAUACGCCGUUUACAAUCUCGUUCGGUCAGUCUUGUAGAAGCAUUAGAUUUAUUGAGCACAGGAAGUUGCAAUCCAGAAAAACUUGACCAUAUUAAAAAUUUAGUAUUUUCUUCAAACCAAACAAAAAAUACAUACACCAUGAAUUGGAAGAACAUGUCUUUGAACAAUGUUGGCACUAAUAUCAAAAGGAAUAUGGAUACAAGACCAUUUAACACUGUUCGAUCUGUAAAACAACGUAAUAACGGGACUGUAUCAUUGAAAGCCCGUUCACCUGGAAGACCUUCGAGUGUUCCCGUAGCUCCUCGUCAUGGUAAACAUGUAACAAUCAGUGAUAAUCGCAGGCAAAGAAUUUCAUCAUGCAAAAAUUAUUCUUAUGAUAAUUCUAAAAAUUUGUCAGUACAAGAAUCAAGUAAUGAAAAAACAGUCUAUCCUAACCCACCCACUAGUUUACAAGUAGAAGAUUCACUCCCACCAUUUCUACAGCAACAUGAACAACAACAAGAUCUAGUGCAAGAAGAAUUUUUGCAGAAACCACAAGAACAACAGCUAUUUUAUCAUUAUAAUUUACCAGUUUCUUUCAGUCCACGUGUACAACGCCGCCCAGUUUCGUUUUAUUUAAGUCGAAAUAUAGAUAAAUUUGUAAAAUUGCCGAUUCCAGAAGCUGAUGAAGAAGAGCAAACUGAUGAUGACGAAGAAAACAUUAGUGAAAGGGAUGUUGAAGAUGAGGAAGAGGAGGAGCUGUACGAAGAAGAGAACGAAAACCUGGAAGAAGUACAAAACAAAAACAAAGAGCAUUGUGAUAAUCGUAUUGAGUCCUAUAACCAUGAAGGUAUUGGGGUAGAAACAUCCAAAGAAACAAACAUUAUAUUAAUCAGCAAUCAGUCUUAA